ACUAAUUUGAAUGAUUACUCAACGGAGCUGGAACAACACAGCAUAGCCGGUUCAUUACAUAGGACAGAUGAUUGCCUUAGCGACAUCAGUUGCGAACAGCGCGGAAAAGCGUUUGCCGGUCUUGAAGCAGGAGAGGGGUGAAAAAAAUAGGAUGGAGCCACAUACUAAAUUAUGCCAAGGACAUACUCAUCAUAAUACAAUGACCAACUUCACCGACGUAGCGACCACUGCAUCACCAAAAAUUUACAAAACUAUCGCCAUUGUAGCGAAUCCUAACAUUUACAUCAGCCCAAGUGAGGGCACUGGUAAUGAUUCUACGCACCAGAAUUGCAACCAAUUACAGCAGCAUUCACAGCCCCAAAUAAAUUAUAUUCAACCAGUAGAAGAGAACCUUCAAGAACAUGACAGCAUUUCAACCAAUAUUAACCCAACGGAUCGUGUCAUUGGCGAGGACGCGGGAAUUGUGUCGUCUGAAAGUGAAAAGGAUUCUGAAAUGGAUUCGGUUUCGACAGCAGAUCAUCAUAUACUUCGCCCCAAUAUACUAGCUAUUGAGGACCACGAAAGUGCAGGACUGGUGUUCCAAGAAUCUUUUGAUGAUGAGCUUCCAUAUAUACCGACAACUCUGCCAGAGGAAAGACCGGUCGGUAUUAAAUUGAAACCGAUAAAGGAACGCUCUCAGAUAGAUAUUAGAACCUAUCACCCACUCGAACGUCCCCGAUCAACCACUCCAAUUCAUCUUGCAUCACUUGAGGCAUAUUGCGAUCGUACAGCUGUGGUAGCGAUCAUGGACACUGCAAUGCUUGCUGGAGAACGCUCGCUUAAUUCAACCGUUAACGUUACGGAAAAAUUACACAUUAGCUUACCGUCAAAAAAAACUGUAGAUACAAAUGGUGGUAAAAAGAUAUUUGAACAUCGAUCAUCCCUUGGAUCCUUAACAAUGCCCCUGUAUACACCAUCUUCCGCUGUGUUUUUUAACACAACGAAAAGUGUCACUACAGGUAUCGUUGGAGGUGAACAAUAUCGUUCAGGAUCAACGACGAUGAAGAGUACUGUGGUAGCCGAAGAUUCACAAACGUUUACAACGCCACCUCCACUGCCUCCUAGGAAAACAUCAGCCUCAAAUAGCAUGCCAACGGGGCAAAAAUGGAUCGAUGUUGAAGCAAUACCGGAGAUGCGAAAAGCGCCCAAACGUAUCACGGCUAUACCCCAGAAACAGCUGCUUCAAAAUAUUUCGACUUCAUUACAUUCACGACCUCUAGAAACAGCACAGGAUGAACAAUUUUACACCUAUCUAAAGAUGAAGGACGAAAUUGCGGAGAGCGAGGUGCCAUCAUUGCAACCAUCCUCCUCCUAA